CCACAUUCCGGCCAAUGAGAUCGGAGCACCGCCAGCAGCCUGGUUGCAUAACAAACCGCAGGUCCACUCUCGCUCAGUGUCCAUUCAUCGCUUCACGAUGGCGCCGCCACAGAAAGUCUGCAUUAUCGGCUCCGGGAACUGGGGCUCCGCCAUUGCCAAAAUCGUGGGAGCCAACGCUGCCCAGAACCCCAAAUUUGACAACACUGUGAAAAUGUGGGUGUUUGAGGAGACGGUGAAUGGACGCAAACUGACCGAAAUAAUCAACUCUGAGCAUGAGAAUGUCAAGUACCUCCCCGGGCACAAGCUGCCUGCUAAUGUGCUGGCGGUUCCAGACCUGGUGGACGCGUCGACUGAUGCAGACAUCUUAGUGUUUGUGAUUCCACACCAAUUCAUAGGGAAAGUGUGCGACACGAUGAAAGGCAAAAUAAAGACGGACGCUUUAGGGAUCUCCUUAAUAAAGGGUGUGGACGAGGGUCCCGAUGGUCUGAAGCUCAUUUCUGACGUGAUCCAGGAGAAGCUGGGCAUCAACAUGAGCGUCCUGAUGGGGGCCAACAUCGCAAAUGAGGUCGCCGAUGAAAAGUUUUGCGAGACAACCAUCGGGUGCAAGAAUAAAAACCACGGGGCUCUGCUGAAGGAACUGAUGCAGACCACCAACUUCCGAGUGACAGUUGUGGAGGAGAGUGAUGUGGUGGAGAUCUGUGGCGCCUUGAAGAACAUCGUGGCAGUCGGGGCCGGUUUCUGCGACGGUCUGGGUUUCGGCGACAACACGAAGGCGGCGGUGAUCCGGUUAGGUCUGAUGGAGAUGAUCGCCUUCGCUCGGAUCUUCUGCACCACCGGACCCGUAUCCUCUGCCACCUUCCUGGAGAGCUGCGGCGUGGCCGACCUCAUUACCACCUGCUAUGGGGGACGCAACCGCAAAGUGGCUGAAGCCUUUGUGAAGACUGGGAAGUCCAUUGAAGAUCUGGAGAAGGAGAUGCUGAACGGUCAGAAGCUGCAGGGACCAGCUACAGCCGCCGAGGUGUUCACCAUCCUUAAGCACAAGAACCUUGUGGAGAAGUUCCCUCUCUUCAACGCCGUCUACCAGAUCUGCUACCAGGGCCAUCCAGUCUCCGAGUUCAUCAGCUGCCUGCAGAACCACCCGGAGCACAUGUGAGACCUGCGGCGACCGCGUGCCUUUUGGACUUCCACCUGAAAGAACCAGCUCCAGCUGUCCGGCAACAGAUUUACAGAACUCAACUUUGAUACUCUGAAGAGUCAUUGUGUCUUUACAUAUCUGGAUUUUGUUGUAAGUGCUUUUACUUUCUGCCUUAUCCCAAGACUUGAAGGAUAACUGGGCAGUUUGCUGUGAUCAUUAUAGUUCUCCACUGCCUUUGCGUUAUUAACACUACCCAAUGUUUAAGACUUCAGCCGUGUCAGCAACUCAGGACAACGACCAAGAGCCUUCAGUGGUGGCAGUGAAGUUAACCAACCUUUGUGGUGCCGUCCAUCAUCAGGUCUUCGCCAUAGACGUGACCGUGUCUUUGUGUCAUCCGUGUCUUUUCCUGUCUAGUACUGUAUCACUUCCAAUGCAAGUGCCUUCAAUCAUGCAGUUGCCGAGUCUUAAUCCUCAUGUUUUCUUUAACCAAAGACUGAACUCCUCCGUGUCUGUCCAGUCCAGUUGUGACCCGGUUUUUAGUUAAGUCUCUGAAUAAAUUAAGCAACCAACAACCCCUGGAGUCACU